UCAUCAAAGCUGUGUCACCGGUGCGAGGAGGAAGGCUAAGGAACUCUCGAUGACAGAAUCUAAACUCUAAAUUGGAAUAAACCUCGUUUGUCCUCGAGGUGUUAGUGAACAUUUCGCUUAAAAAGUGAAGUAAUCAACGGCGGGCUUGUUGCCUAUUAGUCAUUGGACGAUACGUUUACAGAAAGUUUGAACGCUACCUUUUACAGCACCGAUGUCAGAUGCGCCAUCUCCAUGCGCGAAUGCAGUUUUCUGAAGGAGAGUUUUCGUUUUUUGGGGAGGCGACUUGGAGACAAUUGACUUCAUGAUGAGAGAACGAACCUGGGUUUAGGAUUCAAAGACAAGGUUAGUGCCAGACCCCUCCCCCCUCUUUGUACCAUUGGCUGCUGUUGCCCAGGGGGUGGGACUCAGUAUGGGUUAAGAGCUGUGAGGACAGUGAAGCCUGAAACACACUCCACCCGCCGCACAGGUGGCUAGAGAUCAGAGGUCGUAGCUAGAGGUCAUGGCGGGCCUGAGGAGGAAGCUGAAAUUUCUGGUGACGUUGAUGACGGUCAAUCUCUUCAUCUUCAUCCUAGUGUUCCACAGAGGAGGAGGAGGACAGGACAAGGGACACAACAAGGUCCUUGUGCCCUCCAAGCGCUUCUGGUCCAAACUGGCUCCUAGUCAGGCCUACUGGAACCGCCAGCAACAGAGACUGGACCUCCAACACAACCCCAUCCUCGCCUCCUCCAACAGUAACAACACUAGCGAUGAGUUUGUCAGACCUGUCCCUGAUUGGCUCAACGACACGGGACUGAACCCUGACCCCUGCCAACCGGACUACAGAGUCACCACUGACGUUAAAGACUACAAUUCCCUACCUCCCCGUUUUAAAGACUUCCUGCUCUACAUGCGCUGUCGGUCGUACCCUCUAGUGGUGGACCAGCCUCACAUCUGCCAAAAGACCCGGAGAGGGGAGCCGCCCUUCCUCCUACUGGCCGUCAAAUCCCUUACUCCGCACUUUGACCGCCGCCAGGCCAUCCGCCAGUCGUGGGGUCAAGCCGGCGUCCUCGCCAACCGGACGGUUGUCACGGUGUUCCUGCUCGGCAACACCACGGCCGUGGACCACCACCCAGAUCUGUCGGCGAUGCUGCGCUAUGAGAACGCUCACCACAGCGACGUCCUCCAGUGGGACUUCCGGGACUCGUUCUUCAACCUGACCGUCAAGGAGGUGCUCUUCCUGGACUGGAUGACCACGCGCUGCCCUGGAGCUCAGUUCAUCUUUAAAGGGGACGAUGACGUCUUUGUCAAUACGUUGAGGAUCCUGGCCUUCCUCAAGGGCCUCUCGGGGCCCCGGGCAAGGGACCUGUUUGUAGGGGAUGUGAUCACCAACGCGGGGCCAAACAGGGAUAAAAAGGUCAAGUACUUCAUCCCAGAGAGUCUGUUGGUUGGCAAGUACCCGCCCUACGCGGGUGGAGGAGGGUAUCUCUACUCUGGGGACCUGGCCAAGCGGCUCCACGGGGCCUCGCAGCACGUACCGCUCUACCCCAUCGAUGACGUCUACACAGGGAUGUGUCUGAGGAAACUGGGGCUGGGGCCGGAGAAACAUAAAGGCUUUAAGACGUUUGACAUUGAGGAGAAGUACAGGAGGAACCCGUGUGCCUAUAAAGGUCUGAUGCUGGUACAUAGCCGGACACCGCAGGAGAUGAUCCAGAUCUGGGCCUGGCUCAAUGACCCCAACUUGACCUGUCAGUAACUACAUAGCCAGUGUCCAUUUUGACUUGAGCUACCAGAAACUGGGGACAACAGGUGUCUGUGGCCAUUUUUGAUUUGAGCUGUCAGUAACCAGGGAAGACAGGUGACUUAAACUGCCUGGACCAGACACCACGACAGGUGGCCAUUUUGUUAUGUUGGUUGUUAUAGUAACUCUGUGAGAGGUCAGUGGCCACUGUCUUGUGACACUUGGUAGGGUUGUUACAUUCUAAAGGUCAGCCACAAUUUGAGACUUUUUCUAUUUAUAUCUUUUUUGAGGGUAGGAUUAUUACUCUAGGAGGGUCAGCCGAACAUUGGCAGCUUUAAUGUUGUUAUUAUCAUGGUUGUUGAUGUUAACCAUGUUCAAAGUUGAAUCUUGGAUAAACAGUUCAGGUUUUGAAUCCCGAGAUAAAGAUGGCGGCACAACGCCAGACCAACGUGUCUCUGAGCUUUCUGAAGGGUCAAGACGGGGUUGUGAUGGUGAAGUCUGAUGGACCUUUCAUGAUUCCCCGCUGUGUGUCUGACGGCACAAAGAGCCUGUACCAUGCCGUAUUAUGAGGAGUUGGAGACAGAGGUUGUGUGAAUGAGCAGCCUGAUCCCAGAUCUGUUUGGUGUGAAAAUGACCUUAAAGAGUUGGCAAGACUGGCACAAACUGAUCUGGAACCAGGCUAAUGGAUGAGUGCUCAGCUGGUCUGGGUCGUGCUAGUUAGAAAUGUCCACAAAGAUGUUUGGUCGUUCCACCAAACGAGUCCCUCUUGGAUGAUGUCACUUGGGAAAAUAAAUCCAAUAAAAAGAGCACAUGUUCAACUGAAAA